CAAAAUGAUUCGUUCUUCUGAGUCACAUAAAAGACUCGUUCUAAACGAUUCGUUUCUCUGAGUCACAUGAUAGACUCGUCCAAAAUGAUUCUUCUCAGUCACAUGAAAGACACGUUCAAAAUGAUUCGUUCUUCUGAGUCAUAUGAAAGACUCGUUCAAAACGGUUCGUUCUUCUGACGUCACAGAACCACGGUCUUCAAAUAGAAGCAUGAAGAGGAGCAAAGUCUCACACUGUUGUUAGUAACAUAAAAGUCAGUAUGUAUAAGAGCUACCCAGAGAAUUCUCUUUCGUUAUACUACAACCCGUUUCCAGAAGAGCCGUCUCUUAGUGAGUCUGGUCAGACAAAGAGUUGCAGUCUGCUGCAGUCCAGUGAAGACAAAUCUGGAAUGUCAAAACAGACGUCUGUCCAAGAGCGUAAUAAUAAGAGUAAUAGUAAUAAUAAGCAGGAAGUUGAUGCGAAAACAAAGACAGAGGAGAUUAAGAAAGUUAUAAACAUUGUAAGUGAAAGCAAGAGUCAGUUACAGGUGAAGGAAGGAGACUUGAACUCUGAUGGAGGUCAGCAGAAGGUCGAGUCGAAGAGUAAGGGGAAGAAUCGCUCUGACGUAGCAGACAUGGAGGCCAAGUGCCUUAGUCAGCAACUGCAGGAGAAAGAAGACAUGCUGAGGAAUAUGCAGGAGCAAAGGUCAGAAAUGGAGCAAAGGAUGAGAGAGCUGGAGGUCGAUAUGGUGUUACACAAGAGUCUUCGACUGAAGAAGAAGGAGGAGAGAGAUAGUCUCAGAGAACAAACGCAGAAGGCUAUUUCAGAUUUGAAGAAGGAGCAGGAGACAGAUUGGUUUGCCAUCAUCUGUGAAUCUCAAUUGAACCCGAGGUCUGAUACCAGAUUGAUUGCUAGGGCUUUCCUUCUGGAGAGCCAAGGACUUUACAGCUGCAGUAAGUUCACUGAUUUGUUUUCAGCUACUACUUUGAGAAGAUCCUUUAAAGUCAAUAAAUGUGGUUCACUGGCCUUUACUACGGUGCACUAAACCUCCUAAUCCCCCCUAUCAGAUCCCUUACAUCUGCUCUUAGAGUUUCGUGAAUGACUAGACUCGUCCUCAAUAAUGCUUCUUCACGUAUGUCUAUUAUUAAAGAUUCUGGAUUUCCUCUGGCAAAUUUCCUAAGCUCUCUUUUUAUUACUGGGUCUCUGAGCCCUUCAAUAAACUGAUCCCUAAGAACUCGGUGCUGAUUAGGUAAAGCAUUUGGGCUUUGUUGUAACACAGUUCUCCAAAUCUGACACAAUGCGUGUAAAUAUUCCAAAACAUCUUCACAAUCUUUCUGCUUACGGCUGUAAAAGUGAUGUAACCAUCUGGCUUUCAUCUCUAAAUGCUUUUCUGAGAAAAUCGAACAUGUCAUGUGACUGAUUGUGCUAUUACUACGCAGACGAACUACUUCUGAGGCAGCACCAAUCAAAAGAGACAUAAUAAAAUCAUGCUGAUCGCUUGUAGACUGGUUUCUAGCAUGCAAAACGCGUUUAACUUCUUCAGUAAAGUCAUCAACUGAACAAACAUCUUUUGAUAUUCACCACUAAAUUGGGAAAUGUGACGUUCUCUAGGCACAUAGACCUCUGUGGUUCUCGCCUUAAAGCGGCAAUACUUGCCAUGGCCUGCUGGUGUUUCCUAUCCAGUUCAGAGAUUUGUGCUAAGAUAUCAACGUUGCCAAUGUCAGCUCGUUCACUCGCAGAGUCCAUCAUGAAGAGUAUCUGGUACUUCAGUCCUGAGAAAUAAAGGUCUUCUGCAGUCCACAGCGAUGAACUGGUCCGUAACUGUAGAUGCAGUCUCUGCACUGAAGUCCCCUCAGUAAUCUCGAAGUCCACAGCACACCACUGGAACUCUGUGCCUGUCCAGCAGGUCACUGCAGCUUCAUGUCACCACUGCCGUUUCCUGUAAGCACUAUACUCGCCUUAAGAUGGCGACAAAACGAUCAGAU